AUGGCUACGUCAACGAAAGACGUGUUGGAUGUGAGGACGAAGAAGGGAGUCAAGUUUGGGAAGGAAUUGAGGAAGGAGUUUUUGUUCGAUGAGAACUUUCUGAAUCUUAAUCAUGGCUCAUUCGGCACCUACCCCCGCGCGCUGCUACCCAUCUUCCGCUCCUUCCAAGACCAAGCCGAGGCCCGCCCCGACCACUUCAUCCGCUAUGUGUACCCCAAGCUCCUCGAUGAAUCCCGAGAAGCAAUCUCAAAGGUCCUCAACGCCCCCACUGAAACCCUGGUUUUCGUCCCCAACGCCACCACCGGAGUCAACACCGUCCUGCGCAACCUGACCUUCCAACCUGGCGAGCACAUCCUCUACUUCGCCACUAUUUACGGGGCGUGCGAGAAAACGGUGACGUAUAUAACCGAGACCACUCCCGCUGAGGCUAUCAAGAUCGAGUACACGUAUCCCGUGGAAGACGAUUGGCUGAUCGAUGAGUUCAACGCGAAAGUCAAGGAGGUAGAAGCGCAGGGUGGUAAAGUGAAGAUCGCGAUCUUUGAAACCGUGGUCAGUAUGCCGGGCGUGCGGAUGCCGUUCGAGAGGCUGGUGCAGGCUUGUAGGGAGAAGGACGUGCUGAGUUGUGUGGACGCGGCGCAUGGGGUGGGACAUGUGGAGAUAGAUCUGCAGAAGCUGGAUCCGGAUUUCUUGGUAAGCAACUGCCACAAAUGGCUACACGUCCCCCGAGGCUGCGCCAUCUUCCAUGUCCCAUUCCGCAACCAGCCGCUUCUCCGCUCCACGCUCCCGACAUCCCAUGGCUUCAUGCCUCUGCCCAAGCCAGGUAUGGCCACCACAUCGAGCCCGCUUCCUUCCUCGGGAAACAAACCUGCGUGGGUGCAGAACUUCGAAUUCGUGGGUACCAUUGACAAUGCGCCGUAUCUGUGUAUCCCAGCGGCCAUCAAAUGGCGUGAAUCCAUUGGCGGCGAGCAAGUUAUACGCGAUUAUUGCUGGACGUUGGCGAAGGAAGGCGCGAAGAGGGUGGCGGACAUGCUUGGCACCGAGGUACUUGAUAAUAGCACUGGGACAUUGACGCGAUGCUGCCUGAUCAAUGUCAAGUUGCCGCUUGAUGUGAAUAGGGCAGUGGAAAUGGGUGCUCAUGCUGGCAUUGAGAAGGAGAAAGUGGGCAUUGUCGUAAGGGAUUGGAUGAGCAAGGUGAUGAUUGAUGACUACAAUACGUUCAUACAGUCAUUGUUCUAUGGGGGCGCUUGGUGGGCCAGAUUCAGCGGGCAGGUGUAUCUGGAGAUGGCAGAUUUUGAAUGGGCGGGUGAGACGUUGAAGAAGCUUUGUAAGAGGGUAGAGAAAGGCGAGUGGACUGCUGUGGAGAGUAAGCUGUAAGGUAGAAGGGAAGUGGAAGAGUGGAUUUUGCAGUAUAUUCCAGAUUAUACAGAGGAACCCGUGUGCCUGGAAAUCCAAAGGAGUUUCUCAAUCAUAGGUUAGAUCCGUACCGCUAGAGGAAACAGUUAACUUGCAGCAGGCCAUGGCUCCGCC